AUGGCCGCCGAAAAGCAAGCUCGUACCGGCCUCGCCGUCGGUCUCAACAAAGGACACAAAACCGAGGCUCGUGUCUCCAAGCCCAAGGUUAGCAGAACCAAGGGUCACUUGAGCAAGCGCACUGCGUUUGUUAGAGAUAUCGUCAAGGAGGUUUCUGGUCUCGCACCAUACGAGCGCAGAGUCAUCGAAUUGCUCCGUAACAGCAAGGACAAGCGUGCCCGUAAGCUCGCAAAGAAGAGGCUCGGUACUUUCGGACGUGCUAAGGCCAAGGUCGACGAGCUCCAAGGUGUCAUUGCCGAGUCCCGCAGAGCCGGUCACUAA